CAGAAAAAGCCAAAGUAUUCGGCAACACGCCGGCUGCUCCUAAAGACCAAACUGCUGAAAAAGGCAGGGAUAAUGCUGGUGGCUGAGGUUGCGGACAAGAAACGUGAAAGAGAGAGCGCUCUGAAUGAGAGAGCCCCACCCCUCAAACUGUCUGGCCUGUCUGUGCAGGAGCUACAGGACCUUUGUAAAGACCUACACAAAAAGAUUGAUAUCGUAGAUGAGGCACGAUAUGACAUGGAAAUCAAAGUGGGGAAAAAUGAUUUAGAGAUUAAGUCGCUGACCCAGAAGAUCGAUGAGAUUAAGGGGUCGAAGAAGCCUACUCUGAAGAGGGUGAAAAAGUCUGCCGCCGACGCCUUGUCGGGAGCCGUGGCCGACACUGGCAAAAUGAAGGCUGACUUCACAUCCGGCCUCAAGAAAGUCAAGAAGGAAGAGGAGAAGAAAGAAGAGGUGACUGACUGGCGUAAGAAUGUGGAUGCCAUGUCUGGCAUGGAGGGCAGAAAGAAGCUGUUUGAUGCUGGAAAAUAAGCAGGGUCAUGUUGUACCACCAUUAAGAGAGAAGUAUGCCAAGACUGUAAGAACCCACGAAGAAGAGAGAGAGGAGGUCAGUUCUAGAUGAGAUGUGAAUUUCAUGUUGUGAUAUGAAAUGAAUUUUAUAAAGAAUCAUGUCAACCAUAUCAACCAUGUCAAUUUUACAUGUGUGUCCCCUGUUUAAUGUGAUAUGAGAGUUUGCUAGUUCACAGGGGAUAUUGUUGAUAUUAUAUAUUGUAGAUAUGUUAUAGAUAGUUGUGUUAUAAAUUAUGUGUUGAUAGAAUCAGUUAUUUAUGAUGUACUGGUAGUAUCCCUUAUGUAAAAAACACAUGAUUUCAAGUGGAAAAUCACAUGAUUUCACAUGUGAAAUUUCCACGUUUUGCACAUGUAAAAGUUUAUUGUGAAACAAUGUGGUUUUGGAACACUUCACAUGUGAGGAUAUUUCACAAUAAAUUUCACUUGGAUUUUCACGAUAUCAAAUUAUAUUUCACAUGUGAACCAAUGUGGUUUUGGAACACUUCACAUGUAAAUUAUAUUUCACAUGAAGUUUCAUGUGGAUUCAAAUGUUCACUUGUGUAUAUUUUUCACAUGAGAUUUCACAGGUGAUGAUGCCCUGCAUACAAUAAUUUGUCACAAAAUAGUUGCAGUGUUUUCAACUUACGUAUUUGACACACAUGAUUAUAUUGUGCAUGUUUAUUUCAGUGGAGGGGAGGACGGCUCAUAAUAAUGUCUGGAACGGAGCGAAUGGAAUGGCAUCAAACACAUGGAAACCAUGUGUUUGAUGUUGUUACCUUUCCACCUAUUCUGCUCCAGCCAUUAACACAUGCCCGUCCUCCCCAAGUAUGGUGUCACCAACCUCCUGUAUGUUUAUUUAUACAGUAAUUACUAUUCAACAUGUCCUCACCUUCCUGCCAUGCCACCAUGUCUGUGUCAAUGACUGAUUUCACCUGUAUUCCUACACUUUGGACUUCAAAGUGAAUCUUAGCUUUGUAUAAUACACUCAAGAAAAUCUAUUAUAUUUAUCAUAGUGAUUCAUCAACAUCAGACAAUUAUACAGAAAACCCUCAAAUUGCUGAAAUAAGUAAACUAAAUCAAUGAUGAGAGAAUAGUCAGAUUAAAUGAUAACUGAAAUAGCAGUGCAGAUGGCCCUCUUUUACUAAGUGCAGAGAUGUAUUAUAGGUGCUGAAUGUGUAGGGGAUUUCUGAGAAGGGUACAGACUUUGUGGCGCAGCAGAAAGGUCAGCGUACCCCAAUUCCCAGUUGGGGUCAUAUUGAAAAGUCUACUAAGUGAUCAUGUAAAAUGUAAUCAUUUUUCUAUUGAUGAAAGGUUUUUGCACUAUUUUAGCUGAACAACGUACCAUUUACCUUAAACCCCCCCUACCAUUUCAUUACUUCUCUAUCAAAAGAAAAUGUGAAAGGUGCAGUUUCACAUGUGAAACCAUAUAUAUUACAUUUAGAGUUCAUAAUUUAACACCAGUUUUUCACAUGUGAGGAGAAUAACAUUUUGUGAAAUUUGCAGAUUCACAUGUGAAAUUUGCAGUUCCAUAUAUGAAAAACUUUCACAUGUGAAAAUGAAAUUCAGCAUUUUAACAUGUGAAAAACUUUCACAUGUGGAAUUGCAUUUUCACAUGUGAAAAUCGAAUUUGUCACAGUCUUCAUCAUUGACUUCUAUUUUAGGAUAAUACGAUGAUUUCACUUCCCCGAGGUCAUUCAUUAUCCACCUACAAAACAUUCUCAGUCGACUCCUUAUAAGUGUAUGUGGAAUAAGUACUAACUAAGUGCACGGUAAUGUGGUUCACUAGCCUGGUCCCAUUCUGUAUAGCAGAAUGUAUAGCCAACCCUUCUAUUGUUGUCAUGACAUAUGAUGCAGGCUGCAGUGCAUGAAACCUCUAUCUUACUUUACAUUGGUCUUUCCCAACCCUGGUCCUCCAGUACCCCCAUUAAACCCCUAUCUUACUUUACAUUGGUCUUUCCCAACCCUGGUCCUCCAGUACCCCCAACAGUACACAUGUUUAUAGGGACCCUGGACAAGUGUAACAGUAUAACUUUAGACUGUCCUCCCGCCCCGACCUCGGGACCCUCUGCACCCAUCAACUUUACAUUGGUCUUUCCCAACCCUGGUCCUCCAGUACCCCCAACAGUACACAUGUUUAUAGGGACCCUGGACAAGCACCCCUGAUUCAACUGAUCCUCAAGCCCUCAAUGAGUUGAAUGAGGUGUGCUUGUCCAGGGUCACAAUACAAAUGUGUUCUGUUGGGGGUAUUGGAGGACUAGCAUAUGUGGAAUUGCAAGUUCACAUGUAAGAAACAUUCACACGUGAAAAUUUAAUUUGCAGUUUUACAUGUGAAAAACGUUCAAAUGUUGUCACAGGUGAAGUGUCAUGGCAUCACAUGUUGAAAUUUGCAUCCUCAUGUUGUCACAUUUAUUUCACUUGAGAUCAUCUUUUCACAUGUGUAGUUUCAUGUUACCACAUUUACUUCACAUGUGAAAUUCAUGUGUUUUUCCGUAAGGGAUUGUAGUUCUGUAGGUGGAUUUAUAACUGUCAAUAUCAUCUGAAUAGAUAUUUCAGGUCAGAGCCAGGAAUGUGAUGAUAUUAACUGUACAGUAUCUGAAAAGUUGUACAUUUUCAGUUGAUUUAGCAAAAUAAAAAAAGAUAAUUGCUAUUGAGAGAGUGAAGCCAUGUUAUUUUGAUGUACAGACUUGGUGUAGCCUACAUUAAAUUUGACUGAAUGUACAGAAUUGGUGUACACACUGCUACAUUUGACUGAAUGGUUUAAAAGUUACUUAUUUAUUUGAUAUGAAUGUAAA